AUGGGCUGUUUCUUCUCUAAGAAAGCCAAGAGGAAGGGGAGCGCCAAGGAAUCGGGACCCGCAGAGCAGCAGCAAGAUGGGCAGGAGAGCAAGCAGUACAGCUGGGACAAGAGGGAGAAGGUAGAUCCGAAGGACUACAUGUUUAGUGGCUUAAAGGACCAGACAAUAGGACGGUUGCCAGAUAAAGUCGCAGGCCAACAAUUUGUAAUACAGGAAUGUGAGAACUGCAACAUCUAUAUAUUUGAUCAUUCCGCAACCAUCACUAUUGAUGACUGUACAAACUGCCGCAUCUUCUUAGGACCUGUAAAGGGCAGCGUGUUCUUUCGUGACUGUAAAGAUUGCAAAUGUGUUGUGGCCUGCCAACAGUUCCGCACUAGAGACUGCAGGAAAAUGGAUAUAUUUUUAUGCUGCACCACACAGCCAAUCAUAGAGUCCUCCACUGGAAUGAAGUUUGGAUGUUUCCAGUUCUAUUACCCAGAACUAGCAGCACAAUUCAAGGAUGCAGGGCUGAGCAUCUUCAACAACACAUGGAGCAACAUCCAUGACUUCACCCCUGUGUCGGGAGAGACAAACUGGAGUCUUCUUGCAAGUGACUGUGCAGUGCAAGAUUAUGUGCCCUUCCCAGACUCUGAGGAACUGAAAGCAAUACGUGUUUCUACAGAUGUUAACCGGAGCAUAGUGCCAGUCACUUGGGGACAGCGUUUGAAAAAAAGUGAUGAGUCGUGCUUGGUGGUUUUCUUUGCUGGAGAUUACACCAUAGCAAAUGCCAGAAAGAUGAUUGAUGAGAUGGUUGCCAAAGGUUUGAUACUUGUUCAGACAAAAGAAGUUGCAAUGAAACCAGAAGAUGCAAGAAGAGUCUUCAGAGACCAAGCAACAGAAUUCAUACCAUUAUUGGAGAAAGAUAGUGUCACACUCAACAGUUUUCUAAUUUGUCUGUGUAUCAUAGGUUGCUUCUACAGUAAUGUUCAUUUUUUUUUAUUUUAA